GUCCAUACUGCAGCUGCGCGCCUCUUACCUAACUCUCUCUCGGUAUCGCGAGAUUUCAUAGUCUUCCUCGCCGUGUGGACGUUAGCGCUGGAAGGUGUGCUCUAUGGCGGUGGCUGUUUCAGCGACUCUGUAUUGAACAGUAAAAGCUCCCCAUAUAUAAUCACACAAGACACCCCAGCGGAGAGCAGGUGCUAGAACAUAUCUCUUGACUGUACUAUAUUUCCAAAGCCAAUGGCAGAACUUUUUGGGUUCAAACCUCCUUAAGGGGGGACAGUGCACCACUCUGGAGUUCAUUUGAGCAAAGGGAGGCGAGGCUCUGAUGAUGGAGAAUGGACAGAGCACGGCCUCGAAGCUUGGCCUGCCGCCCCUCACCCCGGAACAGCAGGAGGCGCUGCAGAAGGCAAAGAAGUAUGCCAUGGAACAAAGCAUCAAGAGCGUCCUGGUCAAGCAGACCCUCGCCCAUCAGCAGCAACAGCUCAGCAACCUACAGCUCCCUAAUUCCCUUCAGAUGGCUUCAUUAACGAUGGGCUUUGGAGAUCCUCUCUCACCACUACAGUCUGUUGCAGCACAGAGGCAACGGGCACUAGCCAUAAUGUGCCGUGUUUAUGUUGGGUCAAUCUACUACGAGCUAGGAGAAGACACCAUCAGACAGGCCUUUGCUCCUUUCGGUCCCAUUAAGAGCAUUGACAUGUCCUGGGACUCUGUUACAUUAAAACACAAGGGUUUUGCAUUUGUAGAAUAUGAAGUACCAGAAGCAGCACAGCUCGCUUUAGAACAGAUGAACUCGGUUAUGUUGGGUGGUAGAAACAUUAAAGUGGGGCGACCGAGCAACAUUGGUCAGGCUCAACCCAUCAUAGACCAGCUAGCCGAAGAAGCGCGCGCCUUCAACCGGAUUUACGUGGCGUCGGUGCAUCCCGAUUUGUCAGACGACGACAUCAAGAGCGUCUUCGAGGCCUUUGGAAGAAUCAAGUCGUGCACCCUGGCGCGGGACCCCACGACGGGAAAGCACAAAGGCUAUGGCUUCAUAGAAUACGAUAAGGCCCAGUCUGCGCAAGAUGCCGUGUCCUCCAUGAACCUUUUCGACUUAGGCGGCCAGUACCUGCGAGUGGGCAAAGCAGUCACGCCACCCAUGCCCCUUCUGACGCCAGCGACGCCGGGCGGCCUUCCUCCCGCCGCCGCCGUAGCGGCUGCGGCCGCCACCGCCAAAAUCACAGCACAGAUGGCAUGGAAUCUGUCCCAGCCGGAGAAUCGGACAGAAGACUUCCUCAACUGUCUGGAAGCGGUAGCGGGAGCAUCUAUUCUGGGGGCGAUGACUGGGGGGACGGGCCUGAACCUGCCUCAGCUCCCACAGGCCGUCAUGGCAGCUCAGGCCCCAGGGGUCAUUACAGGCGUGACACCAGCCCGGCCCACGCUGCCUGUCGUGCCUCAGGUGGGUCUCGUGAACCCGGUGUUGGCCUCUCCGCCGUCACUGUCAGCUGCUGUGGCUGCAGCCCAAGAGGCAAAGAAGGAAAAAGAAGAGGAAGAAGCUGCUCAAGACGGCACGGGCCAGGAGAUGCUUAGUGAACAGGAGCACAUGAGCAUCUCGGGCAGCAGCGCCAGACAUAUGGUCAUGCAGAAACUGUUGAGAAAACAAGAGUCUACGGUUAUGGUGCUCAGGAACAUGGUUGGACCUGAGGACAUAGAUGACGAUCUGGAAGGAGAAGUAACGGAGGAAUGUGGCAAGUUUGGAGCUGUUAAUAGAGUGAUCAUCUAUCAGGAGAAGCAGGGCGAGGAGGAGGAUGCUGAAGUUAUUGUCAAAAUCUUUGUGGAGUUUUCAGCAGCGUCAGAGAUGAACAAGGCCAUUCAGGCGCUUAACAACCGCUGGUUCGGAGGUCGAAAGGUCAUCGCUGAGGUGUAUGAUCAGGAACGGUUUGACAACAGUGACCUCUCUGCAUAGACUGUCAAAAAAAACACCCCAUUCUGCCCUUCAUAACCUUUUCUUCCCUCCCCAUCUCUCCCUUUUCUCUUUCUCACUUACACAGACGCAAGCCGCCAGCCACUCUUCCCAGUGGUACUGGCUACUCUUUAUAACUUGUAAUUAUUUUUUAUCGAUGUUGAUAUUAAUAUUAUUAAUGAUCCCUUUAUGGGACAGAGGCAAGGAAACGCUCAUGAACAUUUUUUUUUUUAUUGUUGCUGUACGUUAAUGUGAACGACUGGAUGCCCCCAUCCCUUUCCCUCCUUUUUUUUUUUUUUUUUUUUUUGUCAUUGGUUUACUUCCCAUUCCAUCAGUCAGAUGUUCUUCAAAUUCAGUUGCUUUGUCAGUUUCCCCCUCCUCUUAUUGUUUAAAAUAUUGUCAUUAGCCUGUUAUGAUGCUCUUGGUUUCAAAUGUCAGAACAAUAAAUUCUUCAAAUAUGA